ACCAUUCUUCCGGGUCCGGAAGGUGAUCUCCACCCGUGCUCAGAUCCAGGGGCCCGGGACAGUAGGUAGGAGUUAAGUGGGUAGGGUCCCUUAACCAGGGUUGUCCGGUGUGGGUGGUGUGUGUUGUUUCGCCUAACGUGUCAGUGGCACAAAUCACGCGAACUCAUAAACAUUGUGCGUUCGGAAACCUUUUCAAGAUGCAUUUAAUCCCUGCGUAAACUCACGUUAAGCAUUCACGAAGGCAUGUGCUCUGUUCUCUCGGAAGCGGCCGGCCGGCUUCCCCUCCUCGGGCGCCGCUGCGGGCGCAGGUCCUCAAGUCCCAGCCUCCCAUAGGCCCAAGGCCUUCUGGGCUCCAAUUUGAGGCGAAGCCACCCCAGUUUCGUAAUUUUUCUGCAGUGAUUUAUUUUUACCUUUCAGGUAAGUUCGAAAGCUUCCAGCUCACUUUCAGACAUUUCCACUAACGCAACUACGUAUUUGCAACAUACUUUUUUCAGAUUCCUUGACAAGAAUAUCCUAGUGACCAAACACCACCUUACUGGGAGUCAGAACGUCUGGGUUCUAGUCUUGACUGCCAUUAACUAGCGGUAUGACACUGGAGACGCCUUUUUGACCCCUAUGGAUUUACGUUUCCUUUUCUGUAAAAUGAGGAGCUUGGAAUAAGUGACAAAUUUCCUUCCAGUUUUGACAUUUGGGUUAUUGCCUCCAAUAUGUCUUUCCAGUUUCUGCCUCAAUUACAUAUCUGUGCUUUGGUUAAUAUCUUGUAGUGUCCUUCCUCCCAUUCCCUUAAUCUGUGCUCUUCUCAAAUCUGGUUUCAUACUCGUUUAAAAAUUAUUUUCUCAAGGGAUCCUGUGUUUCCCGAGCACUCUACUUUUGGUCCAGGGGCACAACCAGAUCCAGAAAAUGAGGCCCAUAGGAAACAAGUGACUUGCUGAGUCCAGAUAACACUUACUAUCAGAGAGAAACAUGAACCAGAAGCUAUUGAAAUUGGAGAACUUGCUACGAUUUCACACUAUUUAUAGGCAACUGCACAGUCUGUGUCAAAGAAGAGCAUUAAGACAGUGGAGCCAUGGGUUUUCAUCUGCUUACCCUGUGUGGACAGCUCAGCUGUAUGCCUGGCCCUGGCCAACAGAAAUGCUCAUUGGGGCUGCUUUAUCUCAGUAUAGGUUUCUAGUAACAAAAAAGGAAGAAAGACCACGGAAAUCUCAGUUAUCUUCAACAAAAUCUAAAAAGGUGGUAGAAGUAUGGAUUGGAAUGACUGUUGAGGAACUGGCCAGGGCAAUGGAAAAAAACACAGAUUAUAUAUAUGAAGCUUUAUUGAACACUGCUAUUGACAUAGAUUCACUGGAAGCAGACUCACAUUUAGAUGAAGUCUGGAUCAAGGAAGUGAUAAUGAAGGCAGGGAUGAAGUUAAAGUGGAGUAAAUUGAAACAGGACAAAGUCAAAAAAAAUAAAGAUGCUGUAAGAAGGCCCCAGGCAGAUCCAGCUUUAUUAAUCCCAAGGUCCCCGAUUGUUACUAUAAUGGGCCAUGUUGAUCAUGGGAAAACGACAUUACUUGACAAACUUCGAAAAACUCAAGUGGCAGCAAUGGAAGUUGGAGGCAUCACUCAGCACAUUGGUGCCUUUCUUGUUUCUCUGCCUUCUGGGGAAAAGAUAACUUUUCUUGAUACUCCAGGACAUGCUGCUUUCUCAGCAAUGAGAGCCAGAGGGGCUCAGGUCACUGACAUUGUCAUAUUGGUUGUAGCUGCAGAUGAUGGGGUGAUGAAACAAACUGUAGAAUCUAUUCAGCAUGCCAAAGAUGCACAAGUUCCUAUUGUCCUUGCCAUAAAUAAAUGUGACAAAGCUGAGGCUGAUCCUGAAAGAGUGAAAAAAGAGCUGCUGGCUUAUGAUGUGGUAUGUGAAGAUUAUGGAGGUGAUGUUCAAGCAGUGCCUGUCUCCGCACUUACGGGCAAUAAUCUGAUGGCUUUGGCAGAAGCAACAAUUGCUCUGGCAGAAAUAUUAGAAUUGAAAGCAGAUCCCAAUGGUCCAGUGGAAGGAACAGUAAUAGAGUCUUUCACAGACAAAGGAAGAGGUCCUGUUACUACAGCUAUAAUUCAAAGAGGAACUUUAAGAAAAGGUUGUGUUCUGGUUGCUGGAAAUUGUUGGGCAAAAGUACGCUUAAUGUUUGAUGAAAAUGGAAAAACAAUCCAUGAGGCCCAUCCCAGCAUGCCAGUGGGAAUUACAGGCUGGAGAGACCUUCCUUCUGCAGGAGAAGAAAUUCUUGAAGUAGAAUCUGAGCCAAGGGCACGUGAAGUUGUUGACUGGAGGAAGUAUGAACAAGAACAGGAGAAAGGUAAAGAGGAUAUGAAAAUAAUAGAAGAAAAGCGAAAGGAACACCAAGAAGCAUAUCAGAAAGCCCGUGAGAAGUAUAGCAAUGUGCAGUGGAAGAAGAGAUCACUUCUACAGUAUUUAGAAAGAAAAGAACAAACAUCCUUAAAGCGAAAACAGGAAAUGGAAAGAGAUUCAAAUGUACUUCCUGUGAUUAUUAAAGGUGAUGUUGAUGGUUCUGUUGAGGCCAUUUUGAACAUUAUAGAUACCUAUGAUGCUUCACACGAGUGUGAACUAGAAUUAGUACAUUUUGGAGUAGGUGAUAUAAGUGCAAAUGAUGUUAACCUUGCUGAAACAUUUAAUGGUGUUAUAUAUGGCUUUAAUGUGAAUGUAGGCAAAGUUAUCCAAGAGUCAGCUGCAAAAAAAGGUGUAAAAAUGAAACUUCACAAAAUAAUUUACCGUCUUGUUGAAGAUUUGCAAGAGGAACUGAGCAGCAGAUUACCCUGUGCUGUGGAAGAGCACCCAGUAGGUGAGGCAUCUAUACUAGCUACCUUCUCUAUAACAGAAGGGAAGAAAAAAGUUCCUGUGGCUGGCUGCAGAGUCCAAAAGGGACAGUUAGAAAAACAGAAAAAAUUUAAAUUAACCCGUGAUGGACAUGUAAUUUGGAAGGGUUCAUUAACCUCACUGAAACACCAUAAAGAUGACAUUUCAAUUGUCAAAACGGGAAUGGAUUGUGGUCUCAGUUUAGAUGAAGAAAAUAUGGAAUUUAAAGUGGGAGAUAGAAUUGUUUGUUACGAAGAAAAACAAAUUCAAGCCAAGACUUCUUGGGAUCCAGGAUUUUAAAAUACAUUAAAAAUGUAAAUAACUCAA